AUGAGGUCCAAACAGAGGCGACAAGUGUGCAUCCUUCUACCCAACAAGCAGCACCUGGACUGUACUGUCAGGGUAAAAGCCAGAAGCCAUGAGGUGUUGACCAGUGUACUGAAGCAGCUUGGCGUCAGUGAUCUCCAGGUCCUCAGCCUGGCUGUUCUCAGAGAUAAUGAAUAUCUCUUUCUGGAUUUGGACCAAAAGCUGAGCAAGUAUUUUGGCAAAAGAUGGAGCAGAGGCUCCACAACAGUCCCAUUCAUCGUAUUUCUGAGGGUGCAGUAUUAUGUGGAGAAUGGGCUGCUAAUAUUGAGCAGCAAAGUACAGCAGCUCUACUACACUGAGCUGAGGCAGAAGGCGCUGCGCUCACAGAGCCGCCAUCAGGAAGCUUUGUUUUUCCAGCUGGCAGCGUCUGCGCUUCAGGCUGAAGUCGGAGAUCUGGAGCAGAGAGAGGAGGAGAAAAGACAGGAGAGAAAACACAGAUGUUACUUUCUUCCUGAAGAUUACUUCCCCUCCUGGCUGAUAAAGCGUCGUGGACGAGACUACCUGCUCCAGCACUGCCCUGUGUUGCACGGUGAGCUGAGAGGCGUGUCACGUAGCCAAGCUAUCCUGCAGUUUAUAAAAGAGGCCAGCAGCCUGCAGGAUGGACCGGUCACCUUCUACAGGAUGAGACAGGAGAAAAAGGAGCUGAGAAGUUCAAUCCUUCUUGGUGUGGCAGUGAAAGGAGUCCGUAUUUAUCAGGGGGUGGAGGGGAAACUGUGUCUGUUGUAUGAUUUUUCCUGGACCGAUAUUGACCGCUUCACUUUCCAGGGCAGCAGGUUUGAAAUCGCUGCAGUCGGCUCUCUGUGCCUCCCGAAGCUGGUGUAUUACACUCACUCAGCCUUCCACUCCAAACACGUCCUGAAACACCUCAGUGAUAGUCACCGGCUCCGCAUCAACACCAGAGAUGCAGUCAACUCCAUCCAACAGCUGGAAGACAUGCAGGCCAGUCAGUUCUACAAAGAGGCGUACAUCUGUGACAUGGCACGCUUAAGGCAGACACUUCAAAGCGGCAGCCUCACAUCCUCAAUGUCUGACUGCAGCGUUGCAGUGAUAACAAGCACAGCCUGGUCCAAAGAGGAGGAGGAGGAGGAGGAGGAAGAUGAAGGCUCUGUCACAGAGUUUGAGUGGUGCAUCGAUGAACCAGAAGAGGUUUUUGUUGACAACCCAGCUGAAGUGUCCUGGCUAGCUGAGCUGGUCCAUGGUGCGUCUGUUGAUGGACCCUUGGUGUUACCCUCUACUUGGGCAGCUGUCACCGUGGAAAUGAAACAGGUUCUGAGGAGGAGAGCUGAUGAAGGGGUUUCAGUGGACUAAUGUACCGCCAGCGGCAAGAAGGACUUAUUACAUGUUCUGCAGCUCAGGACAGUACCGCUGAUAUUAAUGCCCUGAUGCUAACGUUGCUUUUCAAAUCAGUAAUCAGAGACCAAUCCUGUGCCUAAUGCAUAAAUUAUAAUCAUAAUUACUGUAUAGUUUCAGUGCGGCAUUAGCUCAGUUCCUUUAUCAUCAAAUUAUACAAAAUGUAUAAAUGAAAAUGAAACUAAUAUCAAUAACAGUAAAAAUAUUUAUAUAAUGUACAUAUAAUAUGAUAAUAUGUACUGAUUUUAACUUCUAGUCUUUGCUGUUUUUUUCUCAUCUGUCAACUUUAGGUACCACGGAUUUACCUAAAUUUAUAAAAAGAACAUGA